AUGGCUAACUCGAUUUGACAAUGAAACGCAUACUGCAAUAUACGUAUCUAAUCAAGGCAUUCUUACGCCGAUGAAGCUACCCAUAGACACUAUUUUCAUGGUGCACUCUGGGACUGUGAUAAUAUUUACAUCAGUUGAAACCGUUGACGGUUUAAGGUUAAAGAGUUCGUUGCCUUUCCUUCGACGUAAGAAUGAAAGAAGAAAAAGAACUCUGACUUUACAGACUCGAAUGAUGAUAGACUGCUAAUUUGUUCAGCGAUAAUCGCUUGCAUUAAUAAAUCGCUCAACCGUUAUUUCUAUUCACUGCCACGAUAUGGCAAAUCGUGGAAGAGGUAGAGGCAAGGUCUCAAUGUCUAUAAAUGUCGAACAAUUAGGGUUCGGCAGAGGAGAGGCGCUACCGGGUCCAGUUCUGCAACCACCACCGAAGUACCCUCCUUUGGAUUAUAAGCCAACUCCUUUCACAAUAACAGACCAGGAUAACUAUAUGCUGGAAAUAAAAAGAGAUUAUGCAGAGUUUCUCCGAGAUACUCCAAGCUACGUACAACCGAUUGUCGUUAAUAAGGACAUUGAGCGUUAUUCGGAUUGGUUUCAGGACAUGAUGAAUGACCAGACUAGUUAUGAGGAACAAUACGACUGGACUGUGAUGCCAGGUGAAUUAAAACCCAGGAAUAGUAGCCAUAAGCGCCGUCAAGAUUCAAUUGUUAAAGAGCCGGCUAAGAAGAAGAGAGAUAUUGAUGUCGAGGUGAGGUUGAAGGAACUUGAGAGAAAGGAAAGUAGUCAACGAAGUGACGUCGAUGACAAUGGAAAAGAAGGAGAUGGGGAUAACGAAGAUGAUGAAAAAGAGCUAGAAGAACGUCCCGAGGAGGAAGAGGAAGAAUUAGAUGAAGAGAUGGAUGAUGGAACUGACUACGUCAAUAGCUAUUUCGACAAUGGAGAAGCCUUUGAUGACGAAGAUGACAAUUUAGAUGACGGUCCUGUAUAUUGACAUAGUGAACGGGUUACAGUAUUUACAGUCAAUACCAAACAAAUUUUUGUUAAGAUCAGCGUUUUUCACGAGUUGUGGCGUAAACCAAACUAAAGUACCUUUACUGGAAAUUGUGUUCAUAUUUACACAAUAUAAAAUUUUGUUGAUGAGCUUGGAAGUACAACUGUUUUCCAAAAUUACCAAAUCGAUUUAACAACUCACACGUAUUGAAUUGGUAAUUAUGAGGUUUUACAUCCUGGUCCGCGUCAUGUGCGAAUAUGCGAAUGAUUCAUAAGGUCCCUAAGGCUGACUAUUUUCACGAGUCUUUCAUCACAUUCAAAAUUACGUAAAAUAAACUAAUGGUACUCAUCCCUGGAUCAAUUUCAAAUACAUCUGAAUAAUAUGUAAGUAGAUUGUUUAAGUGAUUCGUUAUUGUUAUCAAUGUUUUGAUUGCCACAGAUGAAUAAUCCUAGAGAUGAUAUGAAGAUUGUACAGUAAGAACGGCACUUUAACUGCAUGAAUCCACUUAUGAAUUGGGAAUCGAAU